GUUUUACAUGUUUUGCCAAGAGGUGUUCCAGCACCUGUUUGACUUAGAGCUGCAAUUCCACCUGGAUGUUUAACUCUUUGAAGAUUCAGUAAUGAACUUUUAAGCAUUGCACAGUGUUCUAUUGGUUUACUGUCAAGUCCUUCCAAUCUUUAUUGCAAUCAAGAAAGUUAGUGUGGAUCAGCUUAUUCCAGCAGAACCAGAGGUUCUGGCCCAACUGAAAUGGAUCCGUACUUGUGUUCUCCAGUGGUCGAACAGGAGAGUUUAGAGGUGAAGACUGAGAAGGACAAUCCGCACACUGAUGGUCAUGUGACCACAAUAAAGCGGGAAUACGAAACAUUUACUAAUGAUGAGAUUUUUGAGGUGAAGAUAGAAGAAUCAGAUGAGGAUUGUUCAGACCCCUUAAUGACUGAAAACGUUACAUCAGCAGCCGAUGAGCGUUUUCCAGAGUCAUCAGAGGUGAAGAAAGAGAAAGAAGAUAUGGACACAGAGGAUCAUGUGACCAUCAUAAAGACUAAAAUAGAUACAUUUACUGAUGAUGAGAGUAACUUUAAUCAUGCAUAUCAACACGAACCAACUGCAAGCAUCAGAAUGCCACCACACAGCCCAAAUGUACCAAGGACUAAUUCUCAAAUAUUGGAUAUGUUUCAAUGGACAUUUGAAGAUAACAGUGAAAUAACAGAUCUUGGACAACACACAAUAUGCAUAGAGCAUAAAAAAUCACUACAACAAAAAGGAAAAUAUCAAAAUGUAUCUCACCAAAGGACUCAUAUGGAGGAUACAUCUUUUUCAUUUUCUGAGCAUUCAAAAUGGCUGAAACAAAAGAAAAUUAGUCAGUUACAGCAAACUAUUCACACAAAACCAAUUAUAUGUAUAGAAUGUGGAAAAUGUUUUACAUACAAAUCUGGUUUUCUGAGACACCAAAGAAUCCACACAGGGGAAAAACCAUUUACAUGCACACAAUGUGGAAAAUGCUUUACAUUUAAGUCUGUUCUUCUGAAACACCAAAAAUUUCACACAGGAGAGAAACCAUUCACAUGUACACAGUGCGGGAAAAGCUUUACUUGCAAAUCUGAUCUACUAAAGCACCAUAGGAUUCAUACUGGGGAAAAACUAUUUGCUUGUAUGGAAUGUAGGAAAAGAUUUUCUCAGAAGUCUGAUCUCAUCAGACACCAAAAAGUUCAUACAGGAGAGAAACCUUUUAAAUGUAGAGAUUGUGGAAAACGUUUUGCACAUAAAUCAUAUGUGAUAAAACACGAAAAAAGUCACACAGGGAUAAAACCAUUCAGUUGCACGGAGUGUGAAAAAAGCUUUGCAUGCAAGUCAAACCUUAUAAAACACCAAAGGAUUCAUACAGGGGAGAAACCUUUUAUAUGUAGUUGGUGUGGUAAAUGUUUUACACAAGAGAGCAGUCUUACAACUCAUGAAAGAGUUCACACGAGGAAGAAACCAUACACAUGUACAGAGUGUGAGAAAUGUUUUACACAAAAGUCAGGCCUCCAAAAACAUCAAAUGAUUCAUACAGGGGAGAAACUAUACAAAUGUACAGAGUGUUCAAAGUGUUUCACACUAAAGAGUCAACUCAUAUCUCAUGAAAGAAUCCAUACAGGGGUAAAACCAUUUACUUGUGCAGAGUGUGGAAAAUGUUUUACAUACAAAUCCGUUCUCAUAAAACAUCAACUGAUUCAUACAGGGGAGAAACCUUUUGCGUGUACAGAGUGUGGGAAAUGUUUUACACAAAAGAAUAAUCUCACAGCGCAUGAACGAAUCCACACAGGAGAGAAACCAUUUGCUUGUAACGAAUGUAAUAAAAGUUUUAAACACAAGGCAUAUCUCAUUAAACAUCAAAAAAGUCAUACAGGGGAGACAACUUUUGCAUAAAUAGAAUGUGAGGUUUGCACAAAAGUAAGGUCAUUUAAAAAAUUCCAAUACUCGGAUGUCAAAAUAGUUAUGUAAAAAAAGUUUUAAAAAAAAUGUUUUACAAAAGCAUUUCUGUUAAACUCAACAAUAGGUUUACAUAGGGGUAAAACCUUUAAUGUAAGAAAUAUUUUACACAAAAAUGUUUCUCAUAAUCUAUCAUUGCAUACAUACUGAGGUAAAAUCAGGCAUGAACAUCAUAUAUACAUAUGCCCUUGAAACAGCAAUACGUUUUACUCAAAGCAUUUUUUAUAAUCCAAGUGUAAAAGUGUUUCUACUAAACUGAAAUUCAGAUGUGCACAUUUUAAUUUUAACCUUUACGCCCCUUUAAAUAGGGGAUCUUAUUCUAUAAAAUGCAAAUAUUCACCAUAAAAAUAAACAUAAUCUUCAACAUUAGGCGCCAGGUUUUUAUGAAUUGGAUAGGGACCUUAUAUUCCUGUUUUACUACAAAUAUAUAAACUAGAAAGAGUGGAUUUUUUUGUUUCAAAUAAUGGGUCACUUAUUUUCUUGUGAUACUGUCUAUAACUAUAUGAAUUGUAUACACCUGUAGCACUAGGCUCUAUGUAUAUCUUUUAUAGAGAAAUAGACAAGUACAGAAUUACAUCCAAAUCAUUUAACAUGCUUUAGCAUGGAAGCAAUUGUUGUGGGUAAGUUAUUCACUUGCAAUACUAAACAACAGGAAUGUUAUUUUUCUAAAUAAACUUUAUUGAAAGCUGCAUAAGGGGUACAAUGUAAAUAUAAAACAGUAAAUAUGAAAUGUGACAAAUGUUUUUUAACCUAAGCAUCUAAAAAAGAUUAAAUAUUUGUCAUUGUAUAAUUUCAUAAAUAAACAUGUCAUAACAGA